GCGAAAGGGCUGAGCUACUUGGUUCUCUCUCUCUGUGUUUAGGCUUUGCAGAUUUCAUAAAGAAGAAGACUUAAGGGAGGCAAUUACUAUUUAAUUUUAAUUAAUGGGUUCUUCGAAGAGGAAGUCUGCGGAAGGCUCAUUCGCUGACUCCUCUCCGCCGCUCAAACAGAAAAAGGAUAAUGAUUCGGCUGCCUCUGACGACCUCCUGGCCUGUCUACAUGAUGUCUCCUACCCGGAGGGUUAUGCUCCAAAGAUUCCCCCUUCACCUCCAGCUGACGCCAAACCCGCCAAGGAAUUCCCCUUCACUCUUGACCCUUUUCAAUCUGAAGCUAUCAAGUGCCUUGACAAUGGCGAGUCCGUCAUGGUUUCAGCUCAUACUUCUGCUGGGAAAACUGUAGUGGCAUCCUAUGCCAUUGCUAUGUCUCUGCAGAAUAAGCAGCGGGUUAUAUAUACUUCGCCAAUUAAAGCACUCAGCAACCAAAAGUUUAGGGAGUUUAAAGAAGAGUUUUCUGAUGUUGGUUUGAUGACGGGAGAUGUAACAAUUGAGCCCAAUGCUUCGUGCUUGGUAAUGACCACUGAGAUCUGGCGCAGUAUGCUUUACAGAGGAUCUGAGAUCGUACGGGAAGUUGCUUGGGUUAUUUUUGAUGAGGUGCACUACAUGCGUGAUAGAGAGAGAGGUGUCGUAUGGGAAGAGAGUAUUGUCAUGGCACCAAAAAACUCUAGAUUUGUGUUUCUCUCAGCAACUGUGCCUAAUGCAAAAGAAUUUGCUGAUUGGGUCGCUAAGGUCCACCAGCAGCCUUGUCACAUUGUUUAUACCGAUUAUCGGCCAACACCCCUUCAGCAUUACAUUUUCCCUGCUGGAGGUGACGGUCUGUACAUGGUGGUGGAUGAAAGGGGAAGGUUUCGGGAAGAUAGCUUUCAGAGAGCUUUAAAUGCGCUUGUUCCUAAAGCUGAAAGUGACAAGAAAAGAGAGAGUAGUAAGUUACAGAAGGGUUUAGUGGUGGGGAAAGUUGGCGAAGAUAGUGAUAUCUUCAAGUUGGUGAAAAUGAUUAUUAGACGUCAAUAUGAUCCUGUGAUUAUAUUCAGCUUCAGUAAAAAGGAAUGUGAAUUUCUUGCAACACAGAUGGCAAAAUUGGAUUUGAAUGACGAUGAUGAAAAAACAAACAUUGAAAUCAUCUUUUGGAAUGCCAUGGGCAUGCUUUCAGAUGACGAUAAGAAGCUACCUCAGGCAAGUUCUAUUCUUCUUGGUGGCAUGUAUUUGUCAGUGCAUGUGUCUUCUUUUUUAUCCAAUUGAACAUGCAAGUGCUUGUGCAUUUUUGAGUAUGCACAUGCAUGUAAAAUGCAUGUUGUAUAGAAUUUUUUAUUUUUGUAUUAUUGUACAGAGAGCAGUGAUUAAGUCACUGUAAUCUCAUCUUGUGGCACAAGGCCUACAAACUCCUAUCAUAUCUUUCUUCAAAAUUUCUCAAACUUGAUCUGGUGGUUCCUCAUGUAAAAUGCAUGUUGCAUAGAAUUUAUAAUGUAUGGCAUUAUUUAGAGUUAUUUCUUCUUACUGAAUUGUGAUUUUGAUUGAUAUUGAAACCAUGAUGAAAUUUACUGGUGAUUCUUGAUUCAGUUGUGGUUUACAGCUUUAUGUGUAGUUCUGAAGUAUUAUAUAGAUUUGCUCAUUGAAGCUACUUUCAGUUUAUUCC